GACGCACUGUGUGUGUCACAGGCUGAAUGUUUAUGCGUGCAGUUUAUUGACAGAUAUCUCCCAUAAAACCUGUAGUGAUGAGCCGUCUUAGUUCUCUGCUGCGAAGGACAUUUGGAGUGGUAAAAGAGCAUGUCGGUACAGAUCAUUUUGGAAAUAAAUAUUACAACGUACCCGAGCAGAAGACAUGGACAGGACGGGUUAUUCGGCCCAGGCGCCUGAUGGAAGCAGCCAAUCCAAAAGCGUUUGAGUAUUUAGAAGGAAGCAUUCCCUCCGAAUGGGAUGCGUGGAUCAGAGGCAGGCGGAAGCAGCCACCCACUAUAGAGGAGUUGCAAAUGAAUGUACGCUACAGGGAGCAGAUCAAAGUCAAAGCUGUAGAAGCAGAGGAGAAGGAUAAAGCCCUGCAGGCCAAAGAGUAUGAAGAAGGAUUGGUGGCCCGACCUGUUCAAACACAAACUAAAGGUCAUGCUUCUGCCACCCAGUUUGGACAGCCAGAAGUCAGUGAGGACCCCAUAAGCACUGCAAACUCAUUCCAGCCAGGGUCCUGGGGACCUCCAGGAGCCAAAAAAUAGAACUAUUAGAAGCCUAUUUUGCCAUCUUCAAUCAAACUGCAGUUCAAGUGUUGGUGGUUGUGCUGGUUUUGGUUGCAUGUCAGUGCUGAUUAAUUAGCUUUUUAAUAUUUUUCAAGUAGUAUGUUAUUGUAUAAAACUGGUUAAGAACCUUGCUAAAUCAGGCUGUUGAUUUUCUGGGACCUCUCCUCUUCAGAAAUGUUUCAAAAUCACUAAAUCUUGCUAUAGAACAUUUAUGCAUUUGAUUUACAUGAAAUGCCAUUACAGAAGCACUGAAGUGGAGUAAUGUCUGCUUUCUCUGGGCAGUCACAUCUACUGAAUCAGUUGAAACUGAUGUAAAACGUGUUACAGAUUUAUUUUUGCACUUUCUGUAUAAAGUGGGUAAAUAAAAGUUGAGUGUGAAUCUUUAAUGUAAGUGUUUCGUAGAAUUAAUCUCCAAUUUUAUUAUAAAAAAAAUUAAGUGUUUUGUGGAUUACUUGGAAAUGAGAAAGAAAAAACAAUAAACCCAGUAAAAAAAAAAAAAAAAAAAAAAAAAAA